AUGUAAUUUGCUAAACCUUUGGGCACAAUGUUCAUCAUUUAUCAUGCAUAUGCUAUUUUCUCUUGUAUUGGUUUAGGGUGUGAUCUCCGUACAUCGUGCUCCAGCCGCACUCAGAUCUAGCCUUGACCGGGAGACACCGCAACAAGGUUGGACGUGCUCUUCCCGUCCUCACGCCCCCACGCCGCUGCGCGCUCUUCCCUUCACCUCUCACUACACGGCGACUGCGGGGCAGGGGUGAAAGAGGCGAGGCUUCUCCAGCUUCUCGAGGCCGGAGACCGUUUGCUCAAGGAUGUCGUUCUUGACGGCCUCUCCGACAGCGUGGACGCGUAGUUCUCAGCCAUGGCCUUGGUCGCGGCAAGAAGCAGAGCCUGGUGCCAGAGAAGCUCCCAGUGCCCCAUGUGUUGGCAGCAUAUCAGCAUGAAAGAUCCUAUGAGCCAAGAGCUACUAGAGGCUGUUGAACAAGAGAGGAACAUCCGAGCUAAUCCUUCACGUAAUACUGUUGUUUUCCACCAUCCAAUGCUGGGUGAUUUUGAGAUCCCUGUAGGUGCAGAUGAUGCAGAACUUGAAGAACGCAUUAUUCAGCACUUGGCUGCCGCAGCUGCAGUGCGUAGGUCACACCGUCAUCAUAAUAGAAGAGAUGGGCACCAGAGCAGAUCAGGAGCAAGUAGCCACCCACAUUUUCUGGUGCUCUCAGCAGACGAGCGCACUAUCUCAGGUCAAGAAGGGGACUACGAACAAGCACCUGCUGUAGCUUCUGGCCGCCCUUUACGUACACUUGUUGAACAAGAACGCACUCGAGGGUUAGCUGAUGCUUCCAGUCUCCUGUGUGUAACUAUUGGACAUAAAUUGUUCUCUAUUUUUAGGAAACGUGCAAUACACAGCAAGAACAGUUUCAAACAUUUCAGAAGCAGCUUGCAGUUGCGACUGAGAAGUUGA